AAUAUUACCGCCUUGACAUGUACGUUGAGUUACUGCCCGGAAAAAGUGAUGUGCAUCCUUCCUAUCCUCCUUCAUACAUUCCAGUGGUGACACUGUCCGCAGCUCCAGGAGAAGACGGUUCAAGGACGGCACUCCUCCUACGCACAGCUGCUGUAUUGGUAUUUGCUCUCUGAGGGAUACUGCAGAAGUCUCAAGGGCACCAAGUCAAGUCAGACAGCCAUGCCUCGCAUCGAGAAUGACAUCAAGCUCGACUUCAAAGAUGUGCUGCUUCGUCCCAAACGCAGCACCCUGAAGUCCCGCAGUGAGGUGGACCUGAUGCGCAGUUUUACUUUCAGAAAUUCGAAAGGCAGUUACAGAGGUAUCCCUAUCAUAGCUGCUAACAUGGACACAGUUGGAACCUUCGAGAUGGCUGUGGCGCUGCAUCAGUUCUCACUGUUCACUGCCGUACACAAACAUUACAGCGUAGAUGAUUGGAAAGAGUUUGCAACAAAGCACCCAGAAUGCCUAGAGAGCGUGGCAGUCAGUACUGGGACAAGCGAGGCUGAUUUUGAGAGGCUUGGCGCCAUUUUGGCAGCUGUCCCUCAGGUCCAGUACGUUUGUGUGGACGUAGCAAAUGGUUACUCUGAACAUUUUGUGCAUUUUGUCAAGGAUGUGAGGCAGAAGUUUCCUUCACACACCAUCAUGGCUGGUAAUGUAGUGACUGGAGAGAUGGUGGAAGAGCUGAUUCUCGCUGGUGCUGACAUCAUAAAAGUGGGCAUCGGUCCAGGCUCGGUGUGCACAACCCGUAAGAAGACAGGUGUGGGCUACCCUCAGCUGAGUGCUGUAAUCGAGUGUGCUGAUGCUGCACAUGGCCUGGGUGGACACAUCAUCUCUGAUGGAGGAUGCACCUGCCCAGGUGAUGUCUCUAAGGCUUUCGGUGCAGGAGCAGACUUUGUGAUGCUGGGUGGGAUGCUGGCAGGUCACAAUGAGAGCGGGGGUGAGAUCAUUGAGAAGAACGGGAAGAAGUACAAACUCUUUUAUGGCAUGAGCUCCGACACGGCCAUGAGGAAGCAUGCAGGAGGAGUAGCAGACUACAGAGCAUCGGAGGGGAAGACGGUGGAGGUGCUGUAUAAAGGUCCAGUGGAGGACACUGUGAGAGACGUGCUGGGAGGCGUUCGCUCCACUUGUACCUACGUAGGAGCCGCUAAGCUGAAAGAGCUGAGUCGCCGUACCACCUUCAUUAGAGUGACUCAGCAGCUUAACACAGUGUUUGGUACUGAUAACUAGACCACUACUGUUGCAGGUGACCGCUGGGCUGAUCUGAGAACAGUCCAGUCUCAAGAUGUAAACAGGUCCUUAAUGAGCAAAAUAGCCUUUAAUGAAUCCAUGCAGUGGGUAAUAUAUUUUAUAUAAAUAUCUACUACAUUCUUUCUCUAGUAAUAAUCUGAAACAACGAAACAUACGUUUAACUCAUACACGGCACACACCAGCGCAAACCGCACACAUUUUCCUGACACAGUGUUUUGUUUUUUGCCAGUUCAGCUAUGAGCAGUUGUAUUCAAUAAGCAGCAGUGUUCAAAAUGUAAAGAAAUGAUCACCUGUAUUAAUUUUCUCCCACUUAACUGCACUGAUGAAGUGUACACUUCUGACGUUGAAGACCAGUUCUCAUAUUCCAGCCUUCACUGCCGUUAAUUUAUUCACACUGUAUGUAUUUGUCUUAAUUUCAAAUCUUGUUACUGAGCCUUAUUUCUUUUAUGCAUUUUAGGAACUAUUUUAGUCUUUAAUUUUAUUUAUGUUUUUAAAAUCUGCACUCAUUGUAUUUUCCUAAUAUUGGACCAAAUUCAGAAAGCACUUCCACUGUGUUUGCCAUUCCACAUCACUCUUCAUUUCAGUAUAACUAAUGUCUUAGUAAAGUCCUCUAUGCACUGAUGAAUGAAGGAGACAGCUGUAGGUAACGGUUCGAUCCUGCAAGCAGUUUAUUUAAAAGUGUUCUGGUUGUGUGGUAUAGAGGAACUGUAUAUGCAUGCCAGUAUGAGACACUGGACACACGUUCAUUCCUUUACACAAUUCAAGAGUGUUUUGAACAACCUACCUUUCAGUUUUAUAUGGAGUAUCUGCAGUCUCCAUAAUCUGUAGUCAGGAUUGUAUUGUAGACUGUGUUCAGUGAUUGAUGUGCAUCCUGAUGAUGUACAUUCUGUUUCUGACACAUGCUGCUGGUUAUUAAUGUAAUAUAACUGAAAAGAUUAUUUCCGUUUGGCAGUUAAAAUGCUUUUCUUACACAAUUGGCUGCAAGUUUCAUUUUUAAAUAAGUGUCAUAAAAAGAAAUGUACACCUUUUAUCUAUGUGUGUGGCUGAUAUACUUCUGGGAGGCUCUGCAAAUUGAGUUUCUCUUCAGUCUUUUUGAUUCUGGCAGUGAAAUAGAUCACAAACGUUCCAUAUGUUUCAUAUAAAGCUAAUUAAAAAAGGUUAUUAAAAUCAU